AUGGCUCUUACUUGGGAAGAGCGCGCAGCUGACAAAAGAAACCGGAUCAGCAACUCGAUCCCUGAAGAAUGGAAGAUCAAAGACCUACCUACUACCGAUUCAGUUCUGGACUUUCCAAGAAUCUCCGGCAUGCUAUCUUCACAGGAACUUCUCAUCACAGAAUCAAGUGCUACAGAACUGGUUGAAAAAUUGAGCAAGGGAGAUUUGAAAGCCGUGGAUGUGACAAUAGCAUUUUGCAAGAGGGCAGCAAUAGCCCACCAACUAGUAAACUGCUGUCACGAAUUCUUCCCUGAAAUGGCGAUCGCGCGGGCAAAGGAGCUUGAUCAAUACUUUGAAGAACAUCAGAAGCCUAUUGGUCCCCUUCACGGACUACCUAUUUCACUCAAAGAUCAACUACGAGUAAAGGGGCUUGAAACCUGCAUGGGAUACGUCUCAUGGCUAGGGAAGUAUGACACAACGGAAUCUGUCCUAGUAACCCUUCUCAGAAAGGCUGGGGCCGUUUUCUAUACCAAGACCACUGUACCACAAACUCUGAUGGUCUGUGAGACUGUAAAUAAUAUCAUUGGAAGAACACUGAAUCCACGCAGCAAGAAUUGGUCAUGCGGUGGCAGCUCAGGCGGAGAGGGCGCUAUGGUUGGUCUCCGUGGUGGUGUCAUUGGAGUAGGGACUGACAUUGGGGGUUCUAUCCGUGUUCCAUCGGCAUUCAAUUCCCUUUACGGCAUCAGACCGAGCCAUGGCCGAAUGCCUUACGCAAAGAUGGCGAAUAGCAUGGAAGGCCAGGAGACUGUGCAUAGCGUAGUAGGCCCAAUGGCGCAUUCGGCGGCAGAUCUGAGAUUGUUUCUCAAGUCUGUCUUGAGCCAGGAACCAUGGAAAUAUGACCCCAAGGUUGUUCCUCUUCCUUGGCGAUCUGCAGAAGAGGAUUAUAUCGCAUCGAAGGUGUCCAAUGGGUUGGUAUUGGGAUACUACUCUUGUGAUGGUCUCGUUCUUCCUCACCCCCCAAUUUUGAGAGGAAUUAAGACAGUUGUCUCGGUUUUAAAACAGAACGGACAUACUCUUCUGCCAUGGAAUCCCUAUGAGCAUACAUUUGGGCAUGAUCUCAUCAAUGACAUAUAUGCUGCAGAUGGAAACAUAGAUGUGUUCAAAGACAUCAAUGCCUCCGGCGAGCCCUCGAUACCAAACAUCAAAGAUCUCCUGAACCCAGACAAAAAGCAAAUAGAUAUGAACCAGCUUUGGGAUACACAUCUUAAAAAGUGGAACUAUCAAAGGGAGUAUCUAAAUAAAUGGCGUGAGCUCGAAGCCAGUCUUGGUAGAGAUAUGGACGCGAUAAUUGCUCCUAUCACUGCCACGGCUGCUAUACGUCACAACCAGUUUCGAUAUUAUGGUUACGCCUCAGUGAUCAACUUGCUUGAUUUUACCAGUGUUGUUGUGCCGGUGACAUUCGCAGACAAGAAGCUUGAUCCCAAAAAUGAGACUCACCAACCGCUUAACAAGACUGAUGCAGAUGUACAGGCUGAAUACGACCCUGAUAUAUACCAUGGGGCCCCUGUUGCUAUCCAAGUUAUCGGACAUAGACUAAGCGAAGAGAGAACAUUGGCUAUCGCAGAAGAAAUUGGUAGACUGAUUGGGAAUUGA